AUGCUUCAGGGCGCCAUCAUGAUGAUGAUGGUGCUCGUAGCACUCAUAUCACCGCUUGCUUCUGCACUUCCGAGUCUUCGCAUACUACCCCUCGGAGACUCAAUCACGAAAGGCAACGGCUCAAAAGACCAAAAGGGCUACAGAAACCGCCUCCGUGAGAAGCUCAUCGGUCGAGGUACUUCGGUAGACAUGGUCGGUAGCUUGAAACACCCUCCCACUGGCAUGGCAGACAAUGACCACGAAGGCCACAGUGGAAAGGUCCUUGCGCAGAUCAAUACCUACUGGAAGCUGUCUAUCGCGGCACGCCCCAACGUUGUUCUUGUCCAUGCUGGUACAAACAAUAUGGACCUGGAAGUUGACCUUGAGGGCUCCCCUCAUAUGCUGGCGUCCAUUAUUGAUGGUCUUUUUCAGAACGCUCCAGAUACCACGGUUCUUGUUGCUCCUGUCAUAUGGGCCAAUAACCCCAGAAUGCAAAAGAACACUGAUCGCUUUAAUCCACAAGUCAUUUCCAUCAUUGAGGAGAGACAAAAGGCUGGAAAGCAUAUCCUCGGAGUUCCGAUAGACAUCAAUGCAGGUGAUCUUUCGGAUGAGAAGCACCCAAACGACAGUGGCUAUGAGAAGAUGGCCGACGCUUGGCUGAAAGCUAUCCUCGAGGCUGACAAACGAGGCUGGUUGAAGACUCCCACCAAAAUAGACGCUGCUGGCCUUCCUGGUGUUGGUCUCGGUGUCGGUGGAGGAGCAGGAGGCGCUCAAGAGGAGAUCGUAGGUAAGAUCUGGAAGAAGCAAGGUACUGUCUUUGAAGGCUUUCGGACCUGGGAAUCUGUCGGGACCAUCAGAGGCUCUGCUGAGAAUUCCUCACGCGAAAAGGUCAUUCUGGCUGACCUGAACGGCGAUGGUAUCGACGAUUACGUUCUUGCUGACAAAGAUGGUAAAAUGCGAGCCUGGAUCAACGGAGGCAAGCCCAAUGACUGGAAGAGUAUCGGUUAUAUCAACCCAGACUGGAAGUCCAUCAACGGCGACAUGAUCCGUCUCGCCGAUGUGGAUAACGAUGGCAAGGCAGAUCUGAUUGCUUUGUACGAAGAUGGCGCUGCAAAAGUCUGGAAGAACGUGGACAAUGGAAAGAAAUUUGAGUCCCUCGAUUCCAAGUGGGCAACCGGCCUUGCAUCUCGAGAUAAGGUUCGAUUUGAGGAUAUUGACGGUGACGGAUACGCAGACUAUGUAAUCGUGUAUGGGGGAGGCGCUGUCAAAUGGGCUCGCAAUACGCACAACAAUGGCAAGGACAGCAGCAAGAAGAACUGGGAGACUGAAACCACUAUCGCCCCUGGGCCAGCUGGUAUACCACAAGGCUCGACCAGUAUCCGAGACAUUGAUGGCGAUGGAAAGGCUGAUUAUCUUGUCAUAUACGAUGGCGGCGCAGUCAAAGCGUUCCGCAAUACCCUGAAAGAAGGCGGCCGUAACUGGGACGAUUUGGGCACAAUUGCCCCUGGUAUAGAGGGCGUUUCCGGUGAAAUGAUUCGCUUUGCCGACAUGGACGGUGAUGGCUUGGCUGAUUUCCUUGCUGUUGCUGAUGAUGGAAGCAUCCGCAUGUGGAAGAACCUUGGUAUCACUGGAACCAAAGGUCAGAGCAUCCGCUUCGCCGACUUGACAGGUGAGGGAAGGGAUGACCUAAUCUCUGUCGACUCCAGAGGACGAGCUCGGGCUUGGAUCAACAAGGGCAGCAACAAGUGGGAGUCAAUCGGCGAGAUUGCACCAGGCUUUGAAGAGGAUCUCUCUGACUCACGUAUCGAGUUCAUCGACGUCAACGGUGAUAAGCGCGCUGACUACUUGAUCAUCUACGGCGGAGGAGCUGUCAAGGCAUAUCUCAACAACGGAAACCUGCCAGACCCUGGGGAUAGACGCAUCUGGCAAGAGGGUAUAACUAUUUCCCCGGGAGUCGGCGAGCUAGGAAGUAAGGUUGAGUUUGCAGACCUCGAUGGCGAUGGUUAUGCAGAUUUCCUCAUCCUCUACGAGGGCGGAGCAGUCAAGUACUGGCAGAACAACAAGAACAUACCGCCCAAGAACGGUGGCCGCAUCUGGAAAGAAGGCAUCGUUGUAGCCACUGGUGUUGGUGAGCCUGGUAGCAAGAUACGGUUUGCGGAUCUUACAGGAGAUGGCAAGGCCGACUACAUCGUUCAGUACGAUGGCGGUGCUGCUCGGGGGUAUCGCAACAAUGGCAAGAUUCCGAUUGGUGAAGGACGCAAGUGGAAUGACAUGGGGACUAUCGCGGCAGGCGUUAGUCCCCAGGGUCCUGUUCAUUACGCGGACAUCAAUGGCGAUAGGAAGGCUGACUAUCUUGUUGUUUUUGACGGGGGUGCGGUUAAUGCGUAUCUCAAUGAUCACGACUGGGCGCCUAAGCUACCGGAUAAGCCUGACCAGCCUAUUCCUGUUGAGCCUGGUCAUGGUGGAGGCGGUGGUGAUGGUGGUAACGGCGGAGGUGGCAGUGGUGACGGGGGUGGGGAUGGUGAUGGGGACAACGGCGGAGGCAACGGUGGUGACAAAGACGUUGUCUACAUCGAUCCAAAGAUCUGGGACUCCAAGAACCCUACAGCAGGUUGUCAGCCACCUUGUACUCUCAUUCUCCCACCAUGGCCACUCUCAUCCAAGACGACGAUCAGUUUCCCUGUUAUCACCGAGACCUUCAAAGAGACAUGGCCGGAGACUACCAGCGGCGUCACCAAGUAUGGGACAACAACUAUCACUGUCAGGAUCACACUGCCACCUCUUACAACAUCAGAGAUUGGCGUGUCCAAUGUGAUACUGACAGAGUCAACAUCCAAGUCUGUGCCUGUAAGAGGUAGUAUUAUUCCAUCUCCAGUCACAUUGACUGAGCCAACACAUGGCAUUACCUACACUUAUAAGCCUGGACCCCUUCCGACUGGUGAUGUGGAUAUUGGACCUCCACCAGGGAUCGCUCCAGGUAUCAUCAUCACCGCUGGACCUCCCGGACCUAUUUGUAAGUCUGGCUGCGGUAAGCCAUGUUUAUUCGGCUGCACCCCAGGCGGAGGUGGCGGAGGAAGUGGUGGUGGCUCGAUUGGGUGCAUAGGUGGGGGAUGUCCUGGGCCAGGAGGGAAUUGCGUUGGCCCUGGAUGUGAGAAGAACGAUGAUGAUGACAACGACGACGACGACGACGAAGAUGAUGAUGACGAUGAAGAUGAGGACUGCGCUACAGAGACGAACACCGAGUGCCAUCAAGUCUGCACGACAAAACCUUGCGCCACAGUCUGUAACACAUAUCUUGGCUGCGACUGCACAACCUCUCAAGUAACCGACUACUGGGUAUCUUGCGAAUCUUCCUCAUGCACAACUACAUCGACUGAAGUUAUCACCGGCUGUUUUCUCACGGCAACAGCUACAACUACAGGCGCCUCUUGUCCUCUCACCCCUGUCGACUAUGGCGAUGACUUUGGUGAUGACAACAACGCCCUCGGAAACUUGGGCUCCACGUACAAGACAAUCUUUUCAGCAAGUGUGAUCGUCAGUUCAACACCGUAUCCCGUCAACGACGGAUAUGCUACCGUUGACAGAACCGCUUACCCUAUCCCCGAUGUCGAGUCGGCAUCAAAAACCAAGAUGCGAGGAACGUCGGCUAUUAUUAUCCCCUCUUAUGUCGGCAGUACUAUCUCGGUCACUAUCAAAGGCAUUUCCUUCAUCACCACGUCAUACCCGAAAGCGACGACAACAGUUGGAGAGUCAACCACCACAGAGCCAUCGGAAACUACCACAUCAUACCCUACCAACACAGCCAUCAACGAAGCUGAAGCCUACUGUUACGAAGGUGACUCGGACUAUCUGGAGUUCACCCUAGAUGAAGCACGGCAAGUUGUAGGAUCAUUCUGCGACUCUAGCUACACGCUCGACCCCGACAACACAUUCGGUCAGAACGUGGCUCUAGAAGAAGAUGGCUACACAGUUAUUGUGUCAGCGAAAUGGGCACCUGAUCAGAGCGGCUGCGGAGACAAAGAGGCGUUUUCCUUUGCCGAAGAUGACUGGAACCACAAUCUUUGUUUGGAGGGCUGGAAUGCGGCUUAUUCGUGUCCAAAUGAUGAAGAUGAUCGGCAGAGCAGCUAUGGAGGCGCUUAUGUUCUUGAUCCUCCUAAUACAGGUGGAUGUCUUCUUUUGAGCUUGUAUGCAUAUGAUACAUCGACUAUGCGGCUCAAGGCGCUGCCGAAGGGGAGUGAGUCACUGAUUCCGCCGGUGAUGAACGUGACGCAUAUGGGUGAGAAGAAGGAGUGGAUUGCGAAUGACAAGUUUGAUGGUCGCAGAAUGUGGCCAGUAGCCCAAGGUUCAUCUCAUGGAGUAAAGCCAUCGACUAGCACCCAAACUACAAGCCUACGGUGA